GCCCAAACGAAGGAAGGAGAAGAGUCGGUCCGAACUUUGAAGAAUCCAACAAAGCUUUUCGGAUUCUCGAUUGACGGAGGCGUCUAAAGACUAACGUAACGCGUGCGCUUCCGUGUCUGAACUGCUCUCAAUCAAAGUCAAAAUAUAUGGAUUAAGAACAUUUAGAGCUAAAAUGCGCCGGAGGAUCGUUGUUCCCAACGAGAAGCUAUUUCCUCUUUAUCUUACAUUUCCUCGUGUCAAGUCUUCCGAGUUCCGAGUCUCCAUCCAUCACCAGCUCUGUCAAUCUAUCUUCCCCAACAUCGUCUACUCUUCAGCUCUCUUUCAAUCAAGUUCAGAAACCCUAUUUUCGUUGAUUUUCCGCGGGCGAGACCAUUUAUCUCUUUGAUUGAGGAGUGGCAACUGUUUUUCUACAAAAACUCGGGUUCGAAAUGGUUCAGAUAAGAGAAUUCCUAGUCGGAUUGUCAUGCCUAUGUCGUUGGAUGAGUAUCAGAUAGCUCAAAUGUACAUGGUCAUGAAGAUGCAGCAACAGAAUACAACGAGUAAUGAAGGGGUGGAGGUUUUGGAGAACAGACCUUUUGAAGACGAGGUAUUGGGAAAGGGGCAAUACACAUCAAAAUUUUAUCACUUGCAGAGCAAGGCUCCUGCUUGGCUCACAACUUUUGCACCGUCUGAUGCUCUCCUCAUGCAAGAGGAAGCUUGGAAUGCAUACCCAAGAUGCAAAACAGUUAUCAAGUGCCCUUACUUUACCAGGUUCUCUUUAACCAUUGAAACUGUUCAUAAAGCUGAUAACGGGUGCUCAGAGAAUGUGCAUGGUUUAAGCAAGGAUCUAUUGGCAGCAAGGCAAGUGGAAAUUAUUGAUAUAGCUUCUGCUGCAAGGGACUAUUGGAGUUAUGUUGUUGGGUCCAAUAACAUGGACUUUACCAAAUUCAGAUCACUGAAAACAGGCCGUGGGCCUCUUCUGGAGGGAUGGCAGGAUAGGUGUGAUCCAGUUAUGACGGCGUACAAGUUGGUGACAAUAGAUGCCCCAUACUGGGGAUUUGGCUAUCGCCUGGAACAAACUUUCCUUGCAGGUGAAAGAGCACUUUUCCUGGAAAGCCAUGCCAAUUGCUUUGCUUGGAUUGAUGAGUGGUUUGGGAUGACCAUGGAACAGAUACGUGAGCUCGAGCGACAAAGUGAUUUUUCACUAAAUAAGAAACUUGGCAAAGAACUUUUGGUUGCUAGUGACGAAGAGCUUGAGGAGAGAGGCUCAAUUGAAAGCAAGUGGUCUGUCAGGCAGUCAAACAGGCUAUAAACAAUUACAGUUGGGGAUCCCUACUUCAAACUGAAACUGAUGACCCAGCACAGACCCAUCAUUGCUUCCUUAAUAUCUGAAAUGAUAUUUAUUAUAUGGUCAGGCAUCCGGAGGUGCAAAUGUGAUUAAUAGAGGAAGUAUUAAAUAGAUGGCUGUGGUCUAGGGAUAAAAACCAGGCCUGAUUUGUAAUCUCCUAACUAGUCAAUUUAUCAGUGGUUUCAGAGUUUAGUAAUUUGUAAAUGAAGAGAUUUUGUACAACAUAUACAAGAUUACAAGUUACAUUAUUUAUUUAGACUUA